AUGAUUUUUAGAAGAUUUAAAGAACCAUUUGGAAAAAUAAGAAUACAGAAAACUAUAUUUAGAUGUCCAUUAUAUCUCGAAAGUAUUGGAUUGAUUGGUAGCUUGAGGUCUAUUUUGGUUAAUUCUAUGAACAAGAGAACAUAUAUAUAUAAUUUGAAUGAUAUAAGAUAUAAUAAAUUUGAAUGUAUGAAAGGAAAGUUAUUUUAUUUUAUAUUAAAUAAUGAAUCGGAUGCAAUAUUUCGGAAUCGUUAUUUAUGUAAUGGCGUUAAGAAAAGAGAAUAUCAUGAUUUUAAAGAUGAAAAAAUGGAUAAGAAAAUCAUGGUAUAUAAAGAGGAUAUGCAGAAUCGUAUUUUAAAUUUUAGAACGAUUUUUUUUCAGUUAAAAUCUGUUAUGAGAUUUCUUAAAGGAGAAAAAAAAAUGCUUUCUAUUGCUAUUGUCUUUAUUGUCUUUGGAUCGUCUGUUUCUAUGUCGAUGCCGUAUAUUAUUGGGAGAAUUCUGGAUUUUAUGGUGAAACCGUCAAUAAGUAGUUUUUUUGGGAUUGAGUCAAUUUACUUUUAUACUGGACUUGCCUUUAUUUUUCUAAUUGGUGGAGCAUGUAAUUUUGGUCGUUUGUUUCUUAUGCGAAUUAUUUGUGAAAGAGUGAUAUCUAGGUUACGAUCACGUUUAUAUCAAAAUACUCUUAAGCAUGAUUUAGGGUUUUUUGAUGUUAAUGCGAGUGGAGAUUUGAUUUCUCGUCUGUCUUCGGAUACUGCAGUUGUUGCUAAAUCUCUUACUCAAAAUGUUUCAGAUGGUCUAAAAUAUUUAAUAACUACAAUUGCAGGGCUUACAAUGAUGACAUGGAUAUCAGUAAAAUUAACUUCUGUUAUGAUGUUAAUUAUACCUCCAAUUGUUGUUGGCUCAGUAUUUUAUGGACAAUAUAUAAAAGCUUUAUCAAAAAAGAUUCAAAAGACUUUAGGUGAUUUAAUAAAAAUUUCAGAAGAUCUUGGAAAUAUACAUAUAAUUAAGGCAUUUACGGGUGAAAUAAUUGAAUUACGGCGUUAUAAUAAUAAAAUUCGGGAAAUAUUUCAACUUGUUAAGAAAGAUGCAUUUCUUAAUAGUACAUUUUUGGGACUAGUUGGAUUUUCUGGGAAUUUAAUAGUAUUAAUUAUUCUUGCCUAUGGGAGUCGUAUGGUUAAUAAAUCUAUAAUAACUAUUGGUGAUCUUAGUUCUUUUCUGUUAUAUACAGCAUAUACCGGAAAUUCUAUGGUUGGGCUAAGUGGUUUUUAUUCAGAAUUUAUGAAGGGGUUGGGAGCAUCAUCUCGAUUAUUUGAAUUAAUUGAUAAGAAAAUAACUAUGAAACCUACAGUAGGUAUUUUUAUUGAUACUAUUAAAGGGCCUAUUAAGUUUGAAGACGUCUGUUUUUCAUAUCCUACACGCCCAGAUAUGCCUAUUUUUUCUAAAUUAUCAUUUACAAUAGAACAAGGUACGAAUGUCGCAAUAUGUGGUCCUAGUGGGGGAGGGAAGUCGACAAUUGCAUAUCUUCUUUUAAGAUUUUAUGAUGUAAAUUCUGGGAGAAUUACUGUUAAUGAUAUAGAUAUUCAAAAAAUUAACUUAAAACAAUUGCGGAAAAAAAUUGGUAUUGUACCACAAAAUCCUUCCCUUUUUCCUGGUACUAUAAAAGAGAAUAUUGCAUAUGGAAAGCCAGAUGCGACACUAGAAGAAAUAAUAGAAGCAAUAGAAAAAUCUAAUUCUACUUUUAUUAUGAAUUUUUCUAAAAAUAUUGAUACUUAUAUUGGAGGCAAUGGAAUACAAUUAAGUGGUGGUCAAAAACAAAGGAUUGCGAUUGCUAGAGCAUUGGUUAGGAAACCUGAAAUAUUAAUUUUAGAUGAAGCCACUUCUGCACUUGAUGGGAAAUCAGAAGUGUUGGUUGAUCAAGCGCUACAAGAUUUAAUUCAAGAAGAAAACCUUACUACAAUAACUAUUGCUCAUCGACUUGGUACAAUUAAAAGAGCUCAUAAAAUUAUUGUUCUUGAUCAGAACGGUAAAUUAAUUGAGGAAGGUUCUUAUAUUGAAUUAAAUAAAAAUGUUGAUUCUGCAUUUAUGCAAUUGAUGAAAUUCCAAAUGCAAGGAUACAAUUCUAUAAAAAAUGAAUAGAUUUGAUAGAAAGGAAAAUGUA